AUGUUUUUUUAUUUUUUACACAUUCUUCUUUGUGUAAUUUUUUUUAUUCAUGUGAAUGACACCAACUGCUUAAUUAAAAUUAACAAGGAUAUAUGCUAUAUAAGCCAUACACUUAAAAAAAAAAAGAUAAUACCAUUUACUCGUCCAUUAUAUUCUAACAAUGUAUCAAAAAAUUAUUUAGAGAUAAUAAAAAAAAAAUUAGAAGACAUAGGAAUAUUUGAAAGAGAUAUUGAAGAAAUUUUUGUUAAAGGCACAGGAAAAGGUGGGCAGAAAGUAAAUAAAACAAACAAUUGUGUUAUGAUAAAAUAUAAUAAUAAUGAAAGUAAAAUAAUUAUAAAAUGCCACAAAUACAGAUGUUUACAAAAAAAUAGAAUAUAUGCAAGAGAAUUGUUAUAUAAUAAAGUAUCCUCAAUUAAAGACAAGAUUGAAAAAGAAAUUUCUUAUCAAAUAGAAAAAGAAAAAAGAAAAACAUUAAAGCUAACUGAAAAAGAAAAAAGCGCAUCAAUAAAUUAUAAAAAAAGGAAAUCGGAAAUAAAAAAGGAUAGACAAAAAAACAUAAAGUAUGAUGAUAUUAUCUGA